AUUUCCGGACUGGCCCCCCCUCUCUCUCUCUUUCUCUCUCUGUCUCCCCCUCCCUAUCUGCCUCCUUCCCUUGCUUUCUUGGCUCUCACCGUCGCCGCCUCCUAUCUCCUCGUGCGAGAUAAUCUCCUUCCAGGGAUCGCGUUUCUCUUCUCCCAAUUUCAGGUUGUUUGAACUUUCUUUGUAAAAGGGAAAGAAUAUUUAAUCAACUUCACCAAUAACUUAAGAACUCGGAAACCAGCUGCUGCAAUUUUCAGCUUUGGCUUGCAACUCCAAAAGUGCUCUCUGUGUGCUACACAUCCUAUCCGGAUGUACCAUCACAGACCUCUCUCUCUAGUUCUGAAGUUUCUCUUCAAUUUGCUGUUGUUAUUAGCUUCACAUGCGGAUCCAGAUCAGCCAUGUUCAAAAAAGAGCUCAUUAAUCGGGUUCCAGUCUGAGUUCACAAUGGUCCAAAACCAAUUAAGAGGUCUUCUUACGAUAGUCGAUGAUUGCACUUUCGAGGUCUCCCAGUUUGACAUGCUAUCCGGGUCAGAUGUACAUUGGUGGGGUUCAGUCGCACCUGACUUCACUAACCUCACCCAUGGGUUUGUUAUCUCAGAUCACAAUCUCAAUCAAACAUACAAAAAUGCAUCCUUUAACGUGCAUCUCGUGAAGAACAUUUCCUGGGAUCAGAUUCAGGUCCUCUCUGUGUGGGACCUACCCACUGCCUCUGACUUUGGCCACAUCUUGCUGCCACAUGGGUCAGAUGCUAGCUCUCCACCAUCACCUUCCAGUGAGGAUAAUUUGAUUUCUGGUCAGCUUCACAGGGUACCCACAAUGUUUGAUAAUUGUAAGGUGUUGUCUAAAAACUAUAGGAUUAGGUGGAGUUUGAAUGAAAGUGCUAAUUCCAUCGAAAUUGGGUUAGAGGCUGCCACUGGGACCCAAAACUACAUGGCAUUUGGGUGGGCAAACCCGAAUUCCACUUCAGGUCUUAUGUCAGGUGCUGAUGUUGCAGUCACAGGGUUCACAGAGGAAGGUUUGCCAUUUGCUGAUGAUUUUUUUAUAACCAAGUAUAGUGAGUGUCUAGUGGAUAAAGACGGUUCUGCAAUAGGUGUUUGUCCUGACACAAUUUAUGAACCAAACGAUCCAGUUGGGUUGGUGAACAAUACUGUACUGAUUUAUGGGCACAGGAGAGAUGGGGUUUCCUUUGUUAGGUAUAGAAGGCCAUUAAAAUCUGUUGAUAACAAGUAUGAUUUGCAUGUGAAUCACAUGGAGAAUAUGACAGCUAUUUGGGCUUUGGGGUUGAUGAGGCCCCCAGAUACUCUUAGGCCUUACUAUCUUCCACAAAAUCAUGGAGGGCCAAGAUCGGUGAUGUAUGGUCAUUUGGUGCUCAAUGCUUCAGAGCAUUUUGAUGAUUGUUUAGGCCCCCUUGAUGCUGAGGAUAAAGAGGAUCAAGAUUUGAUUAUUGCAGAUGCGAGUAUGCCUCUUGUUGUUACCACAGGUAUAGAAUUACAUUACCCAAAUCCUCCAAAUCCAUCAAAAGUUUUGUACAUUAACAAGAAGGAGGCUCCGGUGCUGAGAGUGGAAAGAGGCGUGCCAGUGAAGUUUUCAGUUCAGGCAGGGCAUGAUGUUGCUCUCUACAUCACUUCAGAUGUGCUUGGUGGGAAUGCAACACUGAGGAAUAAAACUGAAAUUAUUUAUGCUGGAGGGCCAGAGUCAGAAGGAGUUCCAGCUAGCCCUUUUGAAUUGGUUUGGGCCCCUGAUAGGAAUACACCUGAUCAGGUGUAUUACCAAUCAGUGUAUCAUCAGAAGAUGGGGUGGAGAGUUCAAGUUGUUGAUGGUGGUCUAUCAGAUAUGUACAAUAACAGUGUUGUUUUGGAUGACCAACAAGUUACCUUCUUUUGGACAUUGUCAAAGGAUUCAAUAUCUAUUGCUGCCCGUGGUGACAAGAAGAGUGGUUAUCUUGCUAUAGGUUUUGGGAGUGGAAUGGUGAACAGCUAUGCAUAUGUGGGCUGGGUAGAUAAUAUCGGAAUUGGGCAUGUAAAUACAUACUGGAUUGAUGGAAAGGACCCCUCUAAUGUGCAUCCAACAAGUGAAAACUUGACUUAUGUGAGGUGCAAGUCAGAAAAUGGUAUUAUUACGUUGGAGUUCACUCGUCCCUUGAAGCCAUCAUGCAGUCAUGAUGAUAGGCCAGAGUGCAAGAAUAUUGUUGAUCCCACAACCCCACUCAAAGUGAUAUGGGCAAUGGGUGCUAGGUGGACCAACGAACAUCUAAAUGAAAGAAAUAUGCAUUCUGUUACAAGUCAAAGGCCUGUCCGUGUGAUGCUUAUGCGUGGUUCUGCUGAGGCUGAGCAAGAUUUAAGACCGGUCUUGGCUGUGCAUGGGUUCAUGAUGUUCCUUGCUUGGGGCAUUCUGCUUCCUGGUGGCAUAUUGGCAGCUAGGUACUUAAAACAUGUAAAGGGCAAUGGAUGGUACCAAAUUCAUGUUUACUUGCAGUAUUCAGGAUUAGCAAUCGUCCUCCUUGCCCUUCUUUUUGCAGUUGCUGAACUUCGGGGUUUCCAUGUCAGCUCGUUGCAUGUUAAGUUUGGUAUUGCCGCCAUAUUUUUGGGUUGUCUGCAACCAAUGAAUGCAUUCAUGAGGCCUGAGAAACCUGCUAACGGACAGGAUGUUUCUCCAAAAAGGCUUGUUUGGGAGUAUUUUCAUGCAAUUGUUGGUAGAUGUGCAGUUAUUGUAGGGGUUGUGGCACUUUUCACUGGCAUGAAGCAUUUGGGGGACAGGUAUGGGGCCGAAGAUGUUCAUGGACUUAACUUGGCACUAAUAGUUUGGUUCCUGAUUGGUGCACUGAUUACUAUGUAUCUGGAGUACCGGGAGAGACAGCGGAGGAAGGAUAAAACAUCUGGAAGGAGCAAAUGGGUCCUGGGUAACCUUGAAGAAGAUGAUUCUAUAGAUCUUUUAAGCCCAAGCAGGGCUUUUGCGGGAAAAGAGUCCGAAAAUUCUGGAAGAAUGGAAGUUCAGUUAGAGCCACUAAACAGAUGAAUUUGAUAUAUAUUUUCCAUUUUGGAUUUCAUAUAAACUCGACACUUGAAGGAGGUGCUUCCUCUCUUAUACAACGGGUAGCAGGCCUUUCUUUAUAUUUGCUUGAACAGAAUCUCCUACUGCAAAAGGCAUACUCACAGGAAAUCUGUCUCUCUCUCUCUCUCUCCAAUUUGUCCCUGCGAAGAGCAAUUACCUUUACCCUAUAGCAUGUAUUUUGUAUACUCACUGAAUAGCACUCUUUAUUUUGUGCUUCUCAAGUAGAGGAAAGCUAGUGCCAGCCUAUUCUUUUAUGUAAGACAUUAUGUUUUUAGACUCAAAAACUUCGGCACGUAAAAUGAGUAGGAAUUAUGAGAUUUUGAUUUAAUUCCCCACGUCAAGCCAAAGUACAGUCAUUUUCAGGGACCUCCAGAGAGUGGAAACUAAAAUCUAAGUAACAAAUGCUGUAUUUUCCAAUUGUGACUGGUGCCAAAAUCCCAUGCCAGAAAGAUGAUUCUCGGACUGAAAUUAUUGGGGUAGUUCUGGUGGAUGUCUUAUUGCUAAAUCUGUGGUAGUUAAUGCGUGAAAGGAAGUGUUCUGUGAGACGCUAUUUUCAGUAAGUUGAUGCAAGGCUUCAUAUCCGCAUUGGGAGGAUUGCUUGUACUCUGUCAAUAAAAUUUAUUUUGCUGA